AUGUUCACUGGAUACGGAACCCGUGCAAAGGCCUCUGACGAGGUUGACUUCUUCCUACCAAUCGCAGUUCAUUAUCCGGUUGGUAGACCAAUAGGAGCCACCAGCCAGGGCGAGACGCUCCCCAAGCCACAGCUUUUCACGCCGUUGAAGAUCAAAGGUACACACUUCCAGAACAGACUUGGUGUGUCACCAAUGUGUACCUACUCUGCGCCAUCUGAAGGUGACAGUGUUGGAUUUGCUACAAAGUUCCAUGAGAUCCACUAUGGAUCGUUUGCGCUUCGUGGUGCUGGCCUCAUCAUCGUUGAAGCCACAGCGGUAAGACCCGAGGGAAGGCUGUCUCCAGAAGAUUUGGGGAUAUGGUCAGAUGAACAUGCCAGAUCGUUGAAGCCGAUUGUUGACUUUGCUCACUCCCAAGGCACCAAGAUUGGUAUCCAACUGGGCCAUGGUGGUCGUAAAGCCUCUGGACUGCCUAUCCCACUCCACGUCUCCAAAGGCGCAAGAAAAGGUGAAGAUCAAGGCUGGGACACUGUAGGACCCUCGCCUAUCUCCUACGACGAGGAGCAGUUCCCAGCUCCACACGAGUUGAGUGUUGAUGAGAUCAAGGAGAUUGUUCUGAGCUUCAAAGAUGCAGCAAAGAGAGCGUACGACAUUGCUCAUUUCGAUUUUGUCGAGAUCCACGGGGCACAUGGGUACCUCAUCAGCGAGUUUCUCAGUGGUCUUUCAAAUACAAGAACCGAUGCUUACGGUGGUUUGUUGGAGAAUAGGGCAAGAAUACUGCUGGAGAUUGUCGAUGCCGUGAAGGACGACGAGCAUCCAUUGUUUGUUCGUAUCUCUGCGAGCGAUCUCACUGAUGAGACCAAGGCGUGGACCCUGGAGCAGGCCGGCGAGCUCGCACUGCUUCUUGAAGACCAUGGCAUCGACGUGCUCGACGUGUCAGAUGGUGGUAACUAUAACAAGGCACGCCGUCGUCCACAGGGCCCAGCGUCCCAGGCUCCACUGGCAAAGGCUAUAAGGGAUAAACUGCACAGCCGUGGAACACAGACACCAAUACUGGUUGCCUCUGUCGGUGGGUUCCACUCUGGUGUCGUUGCAGAGGAGAAGCUACAAGACAAGAGUGCAGACAUCAUUCUAUCUGGCCGAGAGUUCCUCAUCAACCCUGGCGCUGCUAUCAGGUUUGGCCAGGAUUUGGGCGUAAAGAUCAGCUCUGCAUGGCCUUACGAGUGGUCGUACGAGUACCCAGCGUUGACACAGGACCAGGUCACUCCCGUGCCAGAGGCUCAAGUGUAG